CCACUUGCAGAGCGGGUGUCACCUUUCUUUCCGAAUGUCCUCGUUCUGCUCACUGUGCACAACGGCCGUCCUUUCGUUCCACUGGAAUCACAGCCUUGUCAGCGAUUAUUGGCAGGCAUCGGUUGUGAAUACUUCGGUUGGUCAAAAGAGCAAAGCCGACUGGAUUCAGGAUGCAAGUUAAGCAAGAGCCGGGUUCUGGCUCAAUGCCAAAUGGCGCCGGUCGGUCCCGAUCAAUGAGGACGCCAGAUUCGAUCUUGGAGGCGCAGUAUGCGCAAUCUGAGACGCCUAGUGAGCGUGUUCAGCGGCGGCGCCACAUGCGAUCUGCUGCCCCGAGUGUCGAUACGAGAAUCCGGCCGUCUUCCGCUUCUGGGCCUCAAGUGCUUGAGGAGGAAGACGAAGACUGCGUGAUGAUGGAGGUUAGGCGCGGGCCAAAGCUUGAGAACGCCGGCGUCCUUCCAGUUGGUCCGCAGAGCUUCCAAGCCUCAUUUAAUGGGGCGGCGAACCGCGCCCUUCGGGACAUCGGCCAAAAAUCCAAGUACAUCAUCGAUGCACUUGGUGAGCUCCAAGCCCGGGGGAUCCAACACGUUGCGAGCCUACCGGAAUUGGUACUCGUCGGCGACCAAUCCUCCGGAAAAUCCAGCUUGAUGUCGGCCAUCGCCGGGCUUACUCUCCCUCGGAGCUCCGGAACGUGCACCCGUUGUCCAAUCCACAUUCGAGUCUCGCGUGCCGACGAGUUUUCCUGCCGAGUCUUUCUGAAGCUGGAUUACGAGUACUGUCCGCCAAACCAUCAAAUCACGGAGCGCGAUGUCACGAACGCAAACAAGUUUCCGCCUUGGGUGAAGCUGGACCCCAGCCGGCAGGCUCGCCGGGAGUUCAAGACCGUGAGAGAUCAGUCCGAUUCGGAGGAGAUUGAGACCGUUCUCCGCUGCGCUCAGGCGGCGAUUCUCAAUCCCAGCACACACUGCCAGUUCUUCAUCCCGAAGCUGAAGGGCGAAGCACCCGAGAGUACACGGGAACAGCUCUUAGAACAAAUCAAAAAGAAGGAGGAGAGGGCCGAAGCCCAAUUUUCGCCCAACACCGUCGCGUUGGAAGUGAAGGGACCCGAACUCGCGGAUCUUAACUUUUAUGACCUCCCUGGCGUCUUCAUGACGGCCAGACGUGCUGAAGACACCUUUCUGGAGAAGGCUGUCCAAAAUCUGACACGCGAGUACAUCUCGCGCCCGAGCGCCAUCAUCCUCUGCGCCGUGCCGAUGAACCAAGAUCCGGAAAACUCGCUGGCGCUAAAGAUGAUCAGGGCUCUGCGGGCCGAAAACCGCUGUCUUGGGAUAAUGACGAAGGCAGAUCUGCUUCCGAAAGACGACCAUGCCGCUUCGAACUGGAUUGCCAUGCUCAACGGCAGAGCUCACAAAACAGGGUUCGGCUACUUCAUUACCUCGCGCCAGGGUAGCGACCUGGAGGAGCAAAACAAGAUGGAGGAGGCCUUCUUCAAUCGUACCGCAGACGAAACGGGUCAAUGGCCAGACGCGUUCGACGAUUUCAAGGAGAAGUGUGGCGUGGACAAGCUGAAAGACUAUCUGUCGCUGAAGCUCUCGGAGGAGUUCUCGAAAAUCCUUCCUGAAGUCAAGGAGAAGGUUAACACACGUCUCCUGGAUAUUGGCCAUCAGCUCCAGAACUACCCUGACCCCCCGCCGAACCCUGAGCUGGAGGUCAUGAAGAGCCUCGCCGAGUUCACCAUUCGGGUCAAGGACAGGGUCAUGAGUCAGGCUUUCAUGAGCAACUGGGACGGUCAGAUUGGGGAACCGUUCAAAAAGCACAUCAUCAAUCAGAAGCCGAGAUUCAACGUGAAGGAUCACGUCAAGCCAUCAAAACCGCCAGUCAUCAUCGACCUCGAUGGCGACAGCCCUACGAGCUCGCCCACGAUUCGGAAGCGCCCCGCAACCGGGAUCGAUGCGCCCCAAUCCACCUCCAAGCGGCAGCGUGGCCAGCAGACGAAUGGCGUUGUCAAAACCGAGACGCCCGACCGCCCUGGGUUCCCCUCCACUCCUCAACAUGUCAGGGGCAUGACGCCGGCCGUGACACCCACGCGUGGUCCCAGGUCGUCGAAGAGCCUCAUGGACAUUCGCAAUUUGAUCAGGCGAGCCGCCAUCCCCGGCCAGCCUGGUCUUGUGUCCGCGAGUGUCUAUGAGCCUCUCUACACAGAGUCGGCUAGGACAUGGGCCUCUCACCUCGAGACCUUCAUUAGAGACACAUUUCAGUUUCUUCAAGCCGAGAUUAUGCGCAUCCUCGACGCCUCUUUUGCUCAUUUGAAGAAUCGCGCCGUCUACAAGGAAUCGCUCGAGCACAUGCGCGUGUUUGUCGAGACCCAAAAGGCGGAGCUGCGCGCGCAGCUGCAACUCAUCUACAGCUUGGAAUCCAAGCGCCUGUUCACCAAAGACGAGGAGGCGCUGAAGCGCAACCAGGCGGCCGAGCGGAGCAUCCUGGUCCGGCACCGCAACCACUUCCGCAUUGCCGCGCACAACGGCGAGGAGCUCUGUACCGUCCCUAAGGUGGAGGACAUGACCGACGAGGAGCGGAAGCAGGAGGAGAGCAAGAUGGCCCGCGAGCUCAAGAACCUUGGCCCGGACCCGUUCGAGCCCGAACUGAAUGUCGCCGCGUAUAUUAGGGGGUAUUACCUGACGGCGGCUAACCGGUUCGUCGACUACGUCUCGAUCCAUGUCAUGUCAGGCCUGCUGCCGCGCGUCGCAUCCGUAAUCGAGACGUACCUGCACGAGAAGCUCGGCCUGACGGGCCAGGUGACCACGCAGGAAGUGCUGCAGCGCCUGAUGUCGGAGGGGCCUGAGAUUGAGCAGAAGCGGCGCGAUCUGAGGGCCGAGAAGGAGACGCUGGACGGCGCCAUGGACAUCAUCGUCAACCUGGAGCGGCGCGAGGCGGCUGCGGCGGCUGCUGCAGCGUCGCAGUACACCAACGGGUUUGAUGCAUCCCAAGCUGAUACCAUGGUCAAUCUGGAGGCGGGACACCCGAAUGGCGUUGGCGGCGAUCGAGGCACGGUCUACUCUGCCACGGCGUAUGGGGAUGCGUGAGAACUCUGCGCGAUUACAUAGCCGGGGGAGAUAUCCUUCGCUUCCCUUUUUUUUUAUAUUUCCCUGUUCUUUUUCCUUCUCUUUGGCCCUGGGCCGGUUGUGUCGGACUGGUACGGGUUUGGUGGGGUUACCUCCUUUCUGGAAUGACGAAACUGGCUGUCGUCAACAGGCUGAUAUCUGUUGGUCUUGGAAUGAGUCGGGUGCUUUUGGGUGGAUUUGUGCAUACCUCCUCGGCACAUUGCCAAUUUUCUGUUCUCGUGGAUUUGGUUGAGCAGGAUCAGGGUGGAUGUACCACGCUUUCUUGUUUAUUGAUCUGAAAAGGGGCGACGCCAAGAAC